AUGGCCAAAAAGAAAGCAAACCCACAAUCCGAAGAUAACAAACCUCCCAAAACCCAACAUCAAAUCCCUCCUCAAACCGUGGAUGAUGCCGCUUCUGAGAAACUCCACAGCUUGAAAUCACUCAACGCCAUGUUGCUAAAAGAGACAGUCGAGCGCCGCCAACAGGUUGAUUCGUUAACCCAGGUGAACGGUUCUCUGGAAUCUGAGCUGAAUCGGUGUAAGUCUGACAAGGUUUCUCUGCAGUCCGAGUUGAAUGGGGUAACCGAACGAGCGGUGAUGUUGGAGAUCGAGGCCGGAUUAGUGUCCAGGUUUGUUGCGGUGCAGGUGAAUCAUAUGGCGGAGGUUAGUCGCAGGGAGAGGACAGCAAUGGAGGAGAAAAUCUGUGGUAUGGAGAGAGAUAUAAGUCGGGUUUUGGAGGAGAAAAAUGGGAUCGAGAUGGUGAAGAACAGGAAGGAAUCAGAGAUUGGUUCUCUGAACACCAGAUUAAAGACACUUGUAGCUGAGAUUGGUGAAGAGAAAUUCGUUUUGUCGAAGGUUUGCGAGGAAAGAGAUGAAAUCAGGGCACAGCUGGAUGAUCAAAUUCAACACGAAAAUGGGUUGAGAUCGAAACUAGCUGAAGCUGAGAAGAGGGAGGCAGUGAUUCUGGAGAAAUCCCAGAAACUUAAGGUUGAUUAUAGUGGUUUAGUUGAAGAAAAGACUUGUGCGGAAAGAAAGGUGGACUCGCUUCUGAGAGAAAAAGAUUCGAUCGCUAGAAGUUUGGUUGAAUCAAAUGGGUUGGUCGAUGAUCUGAAGCGAGACAUACAGAAGAUUGUUAAAGAGAAGAUGGUGAUAGAAGAUGAGAGAAAUGUGCUAGAGAGAAUGAUAAACGAUAUGCAAAUUUCGGUUAAAGGGCUGAACCAAUUAGUGCACAGUCUUCAAAAAGGGGAAGAACGAUUGCUUGAGAAAAUUGCUGAUUUGGAGAAGAAAUGUGUUAUGAUAUCAGAAGAGGAGGCAAAAAUGAGUAUGGAGAUUGAUCUUUUAGUGAAAGAAAAACAAGAAACUGAAAGUACCAUCCGAAACUUAACUGAAGAGAAGAGUUUGGUUAUAAAAGAUUUGAAGGAGACUUCAAAUAUCUUAGAACACCAGAAACUUACAAUCGAUCAAAUGGUCGAAGAGAAGAUGAAGAUCAUUGAUGCCAAGGAUCAAGGAGAAAAAAAUAUCCUUCAGAUGAAAGAACAAUUCGAGAACAAGAUUCUAGCACUCGAAAAGUCGAGCAUAGUUCAAAUUGAUAAGCUGAAAAAAUUAGAGUCUGAAGUUAGCCACUACAGAUCAGCAUUGGAUCAAGCCACAACCGAAGGGAACAAGACUCGAUCCAAUCUUGAUGAUGAAAAACUCAAAGUGAAGAAUCUGAGUGAAGAACUUUCAAAGAUGGAAAAAGGUAUAGAAGAAAUCUGCAAGAAGUUGUCCAAGAUGACAGCAGACACCGAGAAGCUGGUUGCAGAGAAGCACGAGUUGGAGAUGGCCCGUGCAGCAUUAGCAAAAGACAUUCUUGUGGUUGAGAAAUCGCUUGUCAAAACCCGAAAGGAACAUGAUGAGACGAAAGCUAAACUAGAACGAUCAGAAGCCAACUCUAGCAGAAUCUUGAAAAUCUUGAAGAAAUGUAACUCGAAUGAAGACGAUAAGAUGCAAGAAACUGAAAUCGGAGAUGAUAUGAAAUAUCAUAUAACAGAAGUUGAAGCAAUCAAGAAAUGUUUGAAGGAUAGAGAGAAUGUUGUUCAAGAACUGAAGAAGCAAAUGGAGUUGCUUAAAAUAUGUGUGGCAAAAGCUGAUAAGGGGAAGAGCUUCUGGACGAUGGUGUCGUCUGCAACAACACUAUUAGCAGCUGCUGCUGUUUCUUUGGCGUAUGUUGGCGGAGGUCAUUAA